AUGUACAUCGGCGGGACCGGAACGCGCGGACUGCACCACUUAGUUUGGGAAAUUUUAGAUAACUCGGUUGACGAAGCGAUGGCUAACUUUGCCACUAAAAUUGACAUCGUCUUGGACGCAGAGGGCGGCGUGACGAUUAGCGAUAACGGCCGCGGAAUUCCGAUUGACAUUCACCCGGCGACUGGUCUUUCCACGCUUGAAACAGUCUUGACCCGUUUGCACGCCGGCGGCAAAUUUGACUCCGAAACUUACAAAGUUUCCGGCGGACUGCACGGAGUCGGCGCUUCGGUGGUCAACGCUUUGGCGAGCGUUUUCGAAGUUUGGGUCGAGCGCGAAGGCAAAGUCCACUACCUAAAGUUUGAAAACGGCGGUCAGCCGACGGGACCACUGGCGGUGAUCGGCACCAGCACAGCCACCGGCACGAAAGUACGUUUUGUGCCCGACUUCACGAUCAUGGAAAAAAACGAGUGGGAUUUUGCUGGGAUCGUUGAUCGCGUUCGCCAAACCGCUUACUUAAACCGCAACUUGGCGCUGAGCGUGGUCGACGCCCGGAGCCAGCAAGUUAUCGAGCGCAAGUUUUGCUUUGCGGGCGGAAUCAAACAGUACGUUAGCGAUCUUAACGUCGGCAAAACGGCUCUCCACGAGCAAAUCAUUUACGCCCAAGGUGAAUUUAGCGGUGAAAAAGGCACCGUCCAAGUCGAAGUCGCCCUCCAGUACGACCAAGCCUUCCAAAGCAACAUCGUUUCCUACGCCAACAACAUCGCCACUAACGAAGGCGGAUCCCACGUGACCGGUUUUAUGGACGCGCUAGUCAGAAUUUUGAACAACUACGCCGAGGAAAACAAGAUCUUUAAAAACGAGAAGGAAAAGUUGGCCCGGGAAGACGUCAAAGAAGGGUGCACGGCCAUCAUCUCAGUUCGCCACCCCGAACCGAUGUUUGAAGGGCAAACCAAGGGUAAACUGGCCAACCGCGAUGCCCGCACGGCAACCAACAAAAUUUUGUCGCACAGUUUGGAAAGAUUUCUGCUGGAAAACCCCUACGAAGCCCGCCAAAUUAUUGAUAAAGUCAUGCUAACCCAGCGCGCGCGGUUUAACGCCCAGGCGGCCCGCGAAGCAACUUUCCGCAAGGACGCCUUUGAAAUCGGUUCUUUGCCCGGCAAACUAGCCGAUUGCUCAACCAAAAGCGCGGUUGACUCAGAACUGUUUAUCGUCGAGGGUAACUCGGCCGGUGGCAGUGCCAAGCUCGGUCGCAACCGGGAAAUUCAAGCCAUUUUACCGCUGCGCGGGAAAGUGAUUAACGCCCAAAAAGCCCACCUUGAUAAAGUCUUUAAAAAUAACGAAAUCGGUUCUCUCAUCACAGCUCUUGGCACCGGCGUGGCCAGCGAAUUUGACCUCCAAAAACUGCGCUACUACAAAGUGAUCAUCAUGACCGACGCUGACGUUGACGGAGCCCACAUCCGAACUUUGCUGCUAACUUUCUUAUACCGCCACAUGCGACCUCUGAUUGAGUACGGCUUUGUUUACAUCGCUCAGCCGCCGCUUUAUAAAAUCACCACCAGUCGGCAAACUUUUUACGCUUACAGCGAAAAGGAAAAGGAAGAGAUAGUUGCCGAGCUGGCGCCAAGUUCUAAAAUCGCUCUCCAGCGCUACAAAGGUCUGGGAGAAAUGAACCCUGGUCAGCUCUGGGAAACAACCAUGGACCCCGAACGCCGCAAAAUGUACCAGGUUCAAAUCGAAGACGCGGCUGCGGCCGACUUAACUUUUUCAAUUUUAAUGGGUGACGACGUGGAAAAACGCCGCGAAUUCAUUCAGGAAAACGCCCGCUACGCCCGGGUUGAGGUUUAA